GCCGACAUUGAGCGCAACAUCAUGAAGCAGGCCAACGAGCGUCUUGAGAGUGUGCGCAAAGACCUGGAUGAUAAGACACGCCAGCUGGAAGAGGUAGAAGCUGAAAGGUCACGUCUUUCCACCAGAAUUCAAGAAUUGACCCACGCUAUCGCUGAAUCUGACAAUUUCCGCAUUCGCCAUGAUCAACAUAAGGAACGCCUGGAGAGGGAAUUGGUGACGCUCAAGGGUAGGCUUACAGCAUCGGAAAAUGAUAACCGAGCUCUCCUCACAAAGAUCCAACAAAAGAACCUCGACAUAGCCCGAUCGACUUCCAGGGCCAGUGACAACUCGCGCCUGCGCAUAACUGCUCUCCAGAAAGAAAAGACGAAGCUCGAAGAGGACAACAAGAAAAUAACCCGUCAGCUUGGCGAUCUCCAAGUCAACAUCACUUCUCUGGAGAAGCAGAAAGAGAAGUUGUCUUUGAGCCUGGAGGACCUUAACCACGAGGUUGCUAGAGAACACAAAGCCAGUCGGAAUGCGGAAAAGGCUGCUUCCACUGCCAACAUCCAAUUGGCGGAGGCGAACAGAAACCUUGAGACCGAAAGACAGCUCCGGACCCAGGCACAAGCAAAUACGCGCAAGCUUCAAGGCUCCCUGGAUACGGCAAACAAGGAGAUCGAAGAUCUACACCGCCAAUUAAUGUUGCUGCACAAGGUAGUGGAGCCUGACUCUGAUGAAUCGGAAUCCUGGGAGAAGGUCCAGCCUAGUCUGGCUAAGAAGGUUGAUUUGGCACAAUUGUUACAGACGACACAGAGUAGGUUGCAAGUCACCGAGGAGAAGUAUAGUCGAGCCGAGGCCCAAUUGGCGGAAAUGCGUCGUCGGCAUGGGGAUGAAAUGAAGGAGCUGGAUGCACGUUACGCCUCAUCUAAACGCGCCUUGCUCGAGGAGAUCGACCAGAACCAGGUAGCUAGCCCUCGGACCCCUACUCACCUCAGAAAGAACUCCGACAAUGUUCUGGCAAAGAAGUUCGGCACUCCUACAACGCCUAACCGUAGGCUUAACUUCAAUGAAACGGCAAAUGACUCUGCUCGAUCUGACAGAACCGUGGAUACUGUCGGCUACCAAAAGCGAAUGGAUCUGGCGACCGAAAUUGAGGAGCUGCAGAACAAGCUUCAAAUGAGCGAAAUGCAGAACAAACAUCUCCAAAACCAGCUUUCCCAAGCAGCACUUGGUCGUGAUAUGUGGCAGGAAGAAAGUCCUUCUCUUCGACGCAUGCAGCUGCUUGAACGUGAGAACGGACGUCUACACGAGCAGCUCGAUGACUCCUCCAAGAAGGUCUCUGCUCUUGAGAAGAACAUUCGGUCAGGUGAUCUUUCACUGCGGGACGUCCAAGCCAAAUCGCAUGAAGAACUGUACGACCUAAUCAACUCGCAGGAGCAGUCCAGAAGGUCUUUGCUCAAGGUGCACAACGAAGCCAUUGCAGAGUUCAGCGACGCCAAAGCUCAAUUCGAAAAGCUUAAGAGGGCUAAGGCUACGCUGGAAGUAGAACUCCGUGAUGCCCGUUCCGAGUUCCAGGAGCUGCAGGUCGCAAGGGACCAGGAUGCUGUUAGUCGGAAUCAGCUUCUUCAGGAGUUCUCUGACCUUCAAAUCCGCUUGGAUGCAGAGACCUCGAAGUCAGCCGAUUUGGCUUCCAGUAUGAGCUUGUACAAGACCCGUGCCGAUGAGUAUUUCAGCAAACUGGAACAAGCUGAGAUUGCAGUUCUGAAGGCUACUCGAGCAGAGCAAUUCGCCAAAUCCCAGGCCCAGGAGGCCGAGGAUACCUGUGCCCAGAUAAUGUCUGAGCGCAAACAAAUGGAUGCCCUGGUUGAAGACCUGCAACGUCAAACUCAGUCGCUCGAGGCCAGAAUGGAAGAUCAAGCAGCUGAGCUCCAAGGCGCACUCCAGGCCAAACAGCGUCUCCAAAACGAGCUUGAAGACUACAGAAACCAACGUGCCAUUGAUAUUGAGGACAAGGAGACAUCAAUGGAACAGACUAGGCAAAAGUAUCAGCGCGAAUUUACCACGCUCAACAACGAAUUGGAGAUGGAGCGUGAAAAGGUCCUCAAUGUUCGCGGUGAGAACUCACGCCUCCGUGAAGAACUUGAAGACUUGCGGAGCAAGUGGGACAAUGAAGUCUUGAACAGCUCUACUUGGGCUAAGGAGAAGGCUCGAAUGGACAUCAUGCUUCAAGACGUGACGACAUCUCGUGAUGAGGCAGUGAAUGCUCAUAAUGAAGCUCAAAGCAGGGUUGUCUCCCUCCUGUCCCAGGUGAGAACUCUUCGCACCUCCGUCGACGACGUGACCGCGGAGCGCGACAUGCUGCUCAAGGAGAAGAAGAUGCUGGAAACCCGGUUAGCUGAGGCAGGUGAAAGGCUGGAGGAUCUCGCCAAGGGCGAGAGUCCAUCGAUGCGCAAUGCUGCAAGCAUGGACCGUGAGUUGUUGGAACUUAAGUCCAAGCUUGCUCAACAGGAAGAUGUUUCCGCAGCUGCAGUUGGUAAGAUGAGGCGGGCGGAAGCAUUGGCGACGGAGAUGCAGAAGGAAGUCACUGCUGAGAGAGAAACAAAUGCUCAGCUCUUCAAGGACAAGGCGGCCCUCGAAAAGCAGCUGAAGGAAUCUCAACUUCGUUGCGUUGAUCUCGAGACCAAGAGCUACUCAUCUGGAAGCCAGGACGUCCGAUUCUUACACAAGAGAAUCAAGGAACUGGAAACCCAUCUGGAGGACCAAGAAGCCAAGCACAGUUCCGAGCAACGUUCGUUGCGGAAUGUCGACCGCACGGUUAAAGACCUGCAGUCCCAGAUCGAGCGCAGGGAUAAGAUGAAUUCCCAGCUCAAUGACGACGUCAGCAAAGCUCGCGACAAGAUCGAGCGUCUUCUUCGGAACAUCGAGGAGCUUCAGCACACCGACUCGGAGACGCAGCUGCAAGUGCGCCGAGCAGAGCGAGAACUCCGGGAAGAGCGGGAGAAGUCUCUCAGGCUGGAACGUGAACUAGAGGGAUGGCGAGCGCUCCGGGUUGAGAGGGGCAGCGUCCUCGGACGUAGCCACGUCGGCGCUUUCAGCGACGCCGGAAGCAGGAGAGGGAGCAGCGUGUACGGAGGCGAUAUACCGCAGCGGAUGCCUAGCAACACCAAAGGCUUCUUGGCCUGAGCGACCAAUUACGACUAUGACUUGAUGGCAGCCCUGCAUGGCUACGGAGUGUUGACGGAAGGCGGCGCUUGGAUUAUGCUUUUGAAUGAUUUUGAUGUGUACUAUGCUAUAUGAUCUGUUUUAAUGCUUUAUGAUGCAUCUUGACCAUAUGCAGCGGAUAGCCGUGUGCAUCCCAGUCUUGUUAUUGUUCUAAUGUUAUUGUUCACCAAAUUAUACCUCGCAUUAUCAUUUCCUGAAGCGGUUCAUAGCUCAUAUAUAUAUAAUAGACAUCAGUACCACAAAGCUUGCUAUGCAAAACCGAGUCGAAAAUUAACAUUGCCCACCCCUUUGAAUAACAAUAUCCGAUAUCAUUGAAAAUUCAAAGUUAGGUUCCCAUGUACAAGUCAGCCACCACAACUCAAAA